AUGAACUCGCUCAAGAAAUUGGUGGUUUCUCUCGAGCCCUUCUACUCUGGCCCAGAGCUCGGCCCCUUGAAGGAGACAGAAAUCGAAGAUCUCGACACCGACGGCCAUGACAGGAAAAUGGCAAGUGACGAUGGAAAACCGCAAGAAAAGCCGUCGCUGCCGCCCUCGCCCCAAGAGCCGGGCCUUGUAUAUACGCUUAUCAUGAAGCCUGUUCUUCUAAUGUGGUUGCUUGUGACGUUCCCCCUCACGUACUUUUUCGGGCUGGCGCACCCGCCGCCGCCCGAGGCGGCCGAUGACGAGAAGAGCAGCCUCGCCAAGUCGGGCAUCCGAGAAAAGACCGAGUUGCUCAAGCAAGAGAUCAUCAUGGCCAACCACGUGAAAUCGCCAACGGCGCUGAAAUACAUCAUUCCGCCGCCGCCGCGGCUCUUCCCCCUCUCGCGCAACCCAGAGAAAAAACGCCGGAAAACCCUUGUGUUGGACUUGGACGAAACUUUGAUCCACUCGCUUUCGCGAGGAGCCCCACGAUCCUUGGGCUCGUCCAGUUCGUGCCAUACCAUCGAGUUGAAAGUCAACGACAUUGCCACGCCGUACUAUGUCUACAAGAGACCGUACUGCGACUUCUUCCUCAAAGAAAUCUCCAAGUGGUUCGAGCUCCAGAUCUUCACUGCAUCUGUGCGUGAAUACGCCGAUCCGAUCGUGGACUGGCUUGAAAACGACCUUAUCGACUACAAAAACACCGGUGGCGGCGAGCCGCAGCGUAUCUUCACCAAGAGAUAUUAUCGGCACGACUGCACGUAUCGCCAAGGCGUGGGCUACAUCAAGGACUUGUCCAAGUUUUUCUCCAAGGACGACGACUUGAAAAACGUCAUUAUUCUCGACAAUUCGCCCGUGAGCUAUGCUUUCCACGAGAACAAUGCUGUGAUGAUUGAAGGUUGGAUCAACGACCAGAGCGACAGAGACUUGUUGAACCUUCUCCCUAUGUUGACGGCUUUGAGUCUCUGCAUUGACGUGCGGUUUAUCUUGGGGCUUCGCAGCGGCGAGAAACUAUUUGAAAAUUCAUAG